AUGUUGAAACAGAGCAACGAGAGGAGAUGGUCGGUGAGCUACAAGCCCUGGAGUCCUCCAGAGACGGACGAGGGGCCCAACGCCAGGAGCAACCAGCAGCGCAGGAGCAUCUGCUCCCUGGGAGGCCGCACCGGCUCUCAGGCCAGCAUCCUACCACAGUGGACCGAGGGCAACUACAAUUACUACAUUGAGGACGACGAGGACGGCGGGGAGGAGGCGGAGGACUGGCAGGAUGAGCUCGCGGAGGAGAACCAGCCGCCGGAGUGCCCCACAGCCCCUCAGGACGUGCACACGGACACUCCAGCCCAGCUGUCCACGCUGAAGGUGAAUGUAGGAGGUCACAGCUAUCAGCUGGAAUACUGCGAGCUGGCCAGCUACCCCAAAACUCGCCUGGGCCGCCUGGCCACCUCCACCAGCCGCAGCCGCCAGCUGGGCCUGUGCGACGACUACGAGGCGCAGACAGACGAGUACUUCUUCGACCGAGACCCCGCGGUCUUCCAGCUCAUCUACAACUUCUACACGUCGGGGGUGUUGCUGGUGCAAGACGAGCUGUGCCCACGCUGCUACCUGGAGGAGCUGGGCUACUGGGGGGUGAGGCUGAAGUACACACCGCGCUGCUGUCGCAUCUGCUUCGAGGAGCGGAGGGACGAGCUGAGCGAGCAGCUCAAGAUCCAGCGGGAGCUGCGCGCCCAGGCGCAGGCCGAGGAGGCGGAGGAGCUCUUCCAGGACAUGAGCUUCUAUGGACCGCAGCGCCGAUGCCUCUGGAACCUCAUGGAGAAGCCCUUUUCCUCGGUGGCAGCCAAGGCCAUGGGGGUGGCCUCCAACCUCUUCGUGCUCAUCUCCGUGGUGGCCCUGGCGCUCAACACGGUGGAGGAGAUGCAGCACCAGGCGGAGGAGGACACGGGCGGUGGGGACCCGGGGCCCAUCCUGGAGCACGUGGAGAUGUUGUGCGUGGCUUUCUUCACCCUGGAGUUCCUGCUGCGCCUCGCCUCCACCCCCAACCUGCGGCGCUUCGCUCGCAGCGCCCUCAAUCUGGUGGACCUGGUGGCCAUUCUGCCCUUCUACCUGCAGCUGCUGCUCGAGUGCUUCACGAGCGAGGACCAGAGGCAGGGCAAGGGCUCCCCGCGGGAACACGACCUGGAGACCGUGGGCCGUGUGGGAAAGGUGGGCCAGGUGCUGCGCAUCAUGCGGCUCAUGCGCAUCUUUCGCAUCCUCAAGCUGGCGCGCCACUCCACGGGGCUGCGAGCCUUCGGCUUCACGCUGCGCCAGUGCUACCAGCAGGUGGGCUGCCUGAUGCUCUUCAUCGCUAUGGGCAUCUUCUCCUUCUCCGCGGCUGUCUACUCGGUGGAGCAUGACGUGCCUGGCACCAACUUCACCAGCAUUCUCCAUGCCUGGUGGUGGGCUGCGGUAAGCAUCUCCACUGUGGGCUAUGGAGACAUGUACCCAGAGACCCACCUGGGCAGGCUUUUUGCCUUCCUCUGCAUCGCUUUCGGGAUUAUUCUCAAUGGGAUGCCCAUUUCCAUCCUCUACAACAAGUUCUCCGACUACUACAGCAAGCUCAAAGCCUACGAGUACACCGCCAUCCGCAGGGAACGCGGAAAGGUGAACUUCAUGCAGAGGGCCACGAAGAAGAUGGCCGAAUGCUUAUCUAGAAGUCACACACAGCCCACCAUAAGGCAAGAGAGUUAAUGGUUCGUUAGGAUGCGAGGCUGGUAGAACCCACGAAGUUCAAAGCUUCUUUUAAAAUUAUGGUCCCUUCUGGCAGCCAAGGGGAUGGGAAGCCAGCACACACAAAGCAUUCAGUUCAGAGUUCCAACUUUAGGAAUGCUCGUUUGGACCCAAACUCAAGCCUCACACUGCUCUUUAACUGGAUUGUGUUUAACUGGAUUGUAUUGUGCUAGAAAUGGCUCCAAGGCAGCAACAUCUUAGAUAUCUCUUUUAGCUUCUCAUGGCAUCUAGGGCAAUACACAUUUUUAGACUUGAAUUGACUGGAGAUGAAUUUUCCUAGUUCAAAGCAAGAGGAGGGGCUCUUAAUUUUCCAGAGAAUGGAGUGUUACAGCAGGAGCUGUAUAUGCUUUGGAGUCAGACCAGCCUCUCAGAAUCCCAGAUCUACCCAGCCGGGCUGGUUGCGGGAACUUACUUCAAUCCUCUAAGCCUCAAUGUCUUCCACUGUGAGAUGCACAAAGCCACACCUACCUUUUAAGAUGAGUGUUGAGAUUGGAGGUAAUAUUUAUAAGUGCUGGACACCUGAUCCUGGAGAGCUAUUCAAAGUGUCUGAGUAGGUAUUGCCCAGGAUAUUCUCAGUGGUUCACAGCCAAAGGCAGUCCUAUUCCCCAGGUCAUACCUGGAGAUGUUCUUGGUGGUCACUAUAGUGAAAGAGGACAGGACAGGUUCCCUGCAUCUGGUAGAUUGGAGAAGCAUGGAGAGGCAUCCCAUGCCUCUCCAAUCCACCAGAUGCAGGCAACACCGCCCUGCAGAUCACAGGACAGCCCCGAGCCCCUACAAAUUAUUCCAUAUCAGUGAUGCCAGCAUUGAGAACCUCUGUCCGUGAUUACUAUGGAAACCCAGACUUGGUCCAGGAAAUGUGCCUGUAUGUGUGAGUUCAUCCCUCCCUUGAAAGGAGCCCCCACUGUCCUCACUCAGACUCCCAUUCUUUCUGUUCCCCAGAAAAGGGGCGGGAGAGCAAAACUGCCUUUUCAACAAUUGCUGUGUGGCAGGCACUGAAAGAAACACCUCUCUAGACUGAGAGUUGGAAACCAGUGCCCUCGGGUCAUUUCUCUCCUCGAGACCUUUCUUUUUAAUUCCUUUCUGGGUCCACAGGGCCACUGUAAAUCGAAGUCUUAAAAUUGAAGGCUCAUUUGAACAGAGCACACAGAGAUUUGCCCCUGUAACUGGAGCCUGUGACACUAUUGAAUUCCUCUUAGGGUAUGAUUGUCCCAUCUGGAUCAUAAAUAAUCGUAAUUUGUGCUGCUGACAGUGGCAAAUGCUAGGGCCUAUACAUACAGUAUGUAACUUCAUUUAACCCUCAAUCCAUCCCUAACUUAGAUGCUGUGGUUUUUCUAUUUAAUGGGAAAAGGAAGUUUAGCAAGGUUGAAUGAUCUAGCUACCUUCACCUAGCCACUGAAAUGGAGGGAUUGGGCUUUAAGCCUAGGUUCAUCUGAAGCACGAGGCUCUGUUGGAAGUCUAAACGUGUGGUUCGCGUACAUUAUGACAAAGCGUCUAAAGGGUGGAGAGCAGUGUACCGUUCUAAGAUCACUAAAUCUAGGAGGUCAAGACAUCUGUGCUGACCUCUAGAGUCACCUGGGAAGUGGGAACCUCAACUGAGAGAUUGCUCUGAUUAGAGUCGUGUGUGACCAUGGCUGUGUCUGUGAGGUUAUCUUGACUGGUGACUGCAGAGUAUCUUGACUCUGUAAGUAAGCGCUGGUGCUAACAGAUGAUUAUUGCUUGAGCGCUUAGCCCACCGUGGGCAUCAUCAUCUGUAGCAGGGGGGCCUAGGCUGUAUGAGAAAGCUAGAUGAAUGUGAGCCAGGGAACAAGCCAGAGAAGAAGGCAGCGAGCACCAUUCCUCCAUGGUUUCUGCUUCAAGCUUUUGCCCUGACUUCCCUCAAUGAUGAAUUUCAACCCAAGCUGCUUUCUGUUGUGGUGUUUUACAGCAACAGCAUGUUAGAAGAGUGUCUUACUCUGUUUUGUGGGGCUGUAACAGAACACUGUGGACUGAGCAAUAUAUGUUUAUUUCCCUCAGCUCUGGAGGGUAGAAGUUCAAGAUGAAGACAUGGUCAGGUUAGGUUGUGGGUUCAAGCUGCGCUCUGCAGUCAAGAUGGUGCCUUAUUGGUGCACUUUACAUGGAAGAGUAUGUCCCAACAAGGCGAAAGGCAAGCUCACGGAACACCGCUUUGAAGUAUCUUUUUAAGGGCCUUGAUUCCAUCACUCAUGAAGAAGCAGCCUCACGGCUUAAUUGGCCCUGAACACCACAGCUCUUAAUAUGCCACACGGACAAGGCAUGGGGUAAAGUGGAAUCUUAGAUGAGCAACAAUUUUUAACAGAAACAUACCCCAAAUCUUGCAUAGUUACAUACUCCUAAAAUUCAAAUAUAACUCCAAGUCUGGCAUCUUUCUUUUGCUAAAUCUGACAAUUCUGUACUAUUUUUCAGAGGCAAAGUUUUCCUAUGUAAUUACCCCAAAAGCCCUAAAGCCACACCCAGACAGCACACCCCUCAGCCUUCUCUUCCCUCUUGCCAACUAAAAAGAAGAGGAAUUUUGAAUGAGUCUCCUUGCCAGAAAUAAUCAUGUGAGCUGAGUUGGCUCACAUAUCCACCUAACACACUUCCAUCCAUGCCCAGCCCUCCUGCUCUUCGACUCCAGGGAUGGAUUUGCUGAUGAAGUGAGACUUCUGGGUUAUCAAGGGGCACAGGGACCAGGGGAGACCUCCCUCUCCACUAGAAAAGAGAGACUGACCCAGAACCGAAAAGCAGAAGAAACUCCCUGAGAGACAGGAGUAGGGGUGUAUUGCGCAGGGGCGGGGACACUGAUAGCAAGGUUGGAACUCUCCAGGGCUCUGGGAUGGGGUCUAGUCAACAGCAGCUGGCCUCCUCCCAGUCUCACUGGCCACAUCUGUUCAGACAGCUGUGCACGGCUUCCCCCAGAGAGUAAGAAUGGCAGGCAGAAUGAAAUUAACACACACACACACACACACACACACACACACGGAACAUUUUGUGAGCUUCACUGUACAGUAGUCACAGGAACAUUACUUAAUUUAAUACUUCGGUUGCUUCAUGAAGGUUUCAUCGGUCACUGACAACGACUUAGUCACCAUGAUCUUGCUCUUGAUAUGAAAGCUCAUUCUGCAAUCUACAACACCAAGUUGAAACACAGUUGACAUUUUCAUCAAACACGACCAAAUCUUGGCAGUUUCAUCUGGUCUGACCUAAUAGUUAUGUGCUUACAAUUCUCUCAACUUGUUCCACAUUGUUAACAUGGAAAUAAUAGUGGUGUUUUCUUCAAGAUUUUGAUGGCUAUUAAAGGACAUUGUGUAUAUUUAAAACUGUAGCACCCUGGCACAUGUUAUACAUUGAAUAAAGGUGGAUGCUUCUCUUUCUCCUCCUCUUCCUC